AUGUACAAUGCAAGCCUAUUGUUCACCAAAAUAUCCCUACUUUUGCAGUACCUGCGCAUCUUCCCAAGUUACAAGUUUCGUAUCAUAUGUUACAUUGUAAUGGGAAUUGUGGCUGCAUACUCGGCGUGGGCCAUUGUCAGUGGGUUUGUCAACUGCGUGCCUGUGGCCAAGUUCUGGGACCGAGAACUACCUGGUCACUGUCUUUCGUUCGAAGUGCUCUGGUUCUUCAAUGCCUCCAUGAAUAUCGCUACCGAUCUUACUCUCCUCAUUCUACCGAUGCCUCUCAUCACACAACUACAGCUCCCCAAGAGGCAGAAAUUUGCUCUCAUGGGCGUCUUCGCGCUCGGUGGACUUGUCGUGAUCACCAGUGUCCUUCGUCUCUCUGGUCUACGCAAGGUAGCCAAGAGUACUGAUACUUCUUGGAGCAACGUUGCCGCCGCCUACUGGACAGCAGCUGAAUGCAACGUAGCGAUCAUAUGUGCUUGCCUGCCCUUCCUCCGCCCCCUCGUCAGCCGCUUAUUCCCCAAAUUCCUUUCGACGAACAGCUACAACAAAUACAGUAUGAAUCCAACCCGCACAACAGCGGGACGCUCAAUGCGCCUUAGGUCGACAAACAGAGGCAUGUAUUCCCAGCACGACCCCGAAUUUGGUCUGCAUACUAUCGAUACAGAAGUGGGUGUUGGGCCUGGGCUGAGGUCGGUCAUGGGGGAGAAAAGAGGCCCUGGUGCUAUUGAGGUUACGACUGAGGUGAUUCGAGAAGAGAGAACGUCGCCGACAGCUCCGUCUUCGCCUUACGGACAUGUUCGUCGAGGCGGCAGUAGUGGAGACUCAAGUCAGACCAAAUUGGUCCUGGAGGGACGAUGAAUCUUGUCGAGUUUUUAUUUUACGGUUACGGAUGGGUUGUUGGAUGAUCACUCGUUACGCUUAGCUUUUUAUGUCCUAUUUUUCAAUAUACCCAUAUCAAUCGUUCAUCUUAGAUAUAUAUAAUUUCACUAUUGAACAUACA